AUGCCAGCCGGAUUUCUUGAUAUGCCGCCGGAGAUGCGCAACGUAACUUACGGAUUUAUCUUCAGCAAUGACCGACGUUCAUACUGGACAGACUUGCGCCACGCUCGUCCAUCAGGGGGGAAUUUGCUGCUGGUGAACCGACAAAUUUACUCUGAGUCUAUAGGACUAUUCCUAGACGCAAGUCGAGACUACUGGUCAUCGAACCACUUCUACCUCAACACUCCAACAGUCAGCACAGCCGAUAAAGAGAGGCUGAAGAUGAUGGACCUCUCCUCAAUCCACCAUCUUAAGCUAGUCUUCCAGAUAACAUGGCCUUCUCUGCUCUCACACUGCCUAGUGGUCGAGCUCAAUCUCAUCGACUCUCGGGGUGUCUGGUCCGCCAAAAUCUAUGGUGACCGCACCGGCCCCGAUGGGUCGACGCAGUAUUAUCGUCUCUAUACACGUCAUCGCGAUGAGGCAGAAGUCUUCGGCCGUACCUUCGGGACCAGGAAUGAAGCCAUGGAGGCUUGUGAGAAGCAGGGACAAUACGCCUCUGUGUAUGAUCAGAUCAUCAGGGUCGUGGAUUUGAACGCUGAGUUGUGCAAGAGGCAUGAGGCGGAUACUGUGCCGUGGGUACCACGGGUGGGGGAAGAACUGAGGGUGUGA